GGAUAAAUACGAAACAACAAUAAUAAUGUUACGUCGCGUGGGACAUCUGCACUCCGUCCCCCGUUACCCGGCAGCCAUCGGCCCACCUACCGCCAUUUCGACCCUCAAUAUUCCCAAGCAUCCACCAUGAAACGUUAACUUUUAACUUCAUUGUUUGUCAGUCAAUCUAUUUGUCCUGACGGAUUUUUUAAUCCUGCAAGUAUUUUCGGUAUAUAGCUUGUACUUAGGACGGUCCUUGAGUUUAUUACACAUUCUCACAAAUUACGGAGAAAGCGGGUAGUCACCUAACGGAAAAAGUGGAUAAGUGGAAAACGGAAAAGCCGGUUUCUCCUAUGGACAAGAUCAACCCCGAGCACGACGAUCGGAGUCUUCCUCCUCCAACCGUCAUUUAUUAACGUUGGCUAUAACCAAUGGGCAUCGCGGGUCGUUACCGUCACUUUCUAACGAAAAGUGUGAAUUACGAAUCCACGUCGUUAGUUCAAAAGACACACCCAUACCAAACUUUUCUCCGUAAUCACACAAGAACGAACCUUACUGGUUCCCAACACGAGGGAGCAAUCACUACUCUCCAUUCUCUAUCUCAAGCACCAGAAUUCUCUUCCUCGGUUCGCAUUCGUCAAUCACGCUAUCUCUUACAUAACGUCUUAUUCAUGUUGUACACAAAGUUGUUGGAAAUACAUAAAGUUUAUAACCCUGUUAAUCGCAGUGUUAUAUUACAUCAAUCACCUCUAUUAUCCUAACCGAAAUAAGCGGAUCGAUCUAUUCGUGGUGUCGAUUCUUGCAAUCGAAACGGGAAUUUACGAUUCCGUCCACGUCUCCCCGCGAUUGGUCGAAAAUACAAAUAACGCUAAAAUGAUUGUCUCUAAAUCGCGCUCUACUCACAUUCCACGCUGUUAUUGUUCUAAGCUAUCGACCGUAACUUAAUGAUUUUUUUUUGUGGUGAAUUUACACGUUUAUCUUAAUGUCUCUUUUGGUACUUUUGGUUGACAAUAUGAAGGAUAUAACGAUAAGUAUUACUUUGUCGAUAAUUUUAACGAUUUUUUACCGGUAUAAAUAACGGUGUCGCGAACGAUUUCCACAAACAGAGGAAGAUCGCACAAGUUACGUACAUAGCAAUAACAGACAUCAAGAACCAUGGGAGCCAUGAGAUUCUUACUUUGCGUUGCAGUCAUUUUUAUGGUUGCCUUUAUUUCUGCGAGCAAUGCUAACCCAGAAGCUAACCCUUUGCCAGAGGCGGAUCCGGAAGCGCUUAAGAUAAAGAAAUGGUUAGGAAAACUAGGAAUAAUACUGUCUCACUUGAGCAAAUAAUCGACCUUGGCGAUACGUGUACGACGGGUGCAGGCACGACUACCGGCUUGUAGAUCUGACGACUUUAGAUGCAUAUAUGUAUACUUAACUAAUUCGAAACAUGUAAAACUUGGCCACAUAAAUUUUUUAUUGCUUAACUAGACAUAUAAAACUUUUUGUUAUUGCAUUUUCUUUCGACGAUCCUUAUUCCCUUUUUGUCCUUCCGACUACUUUUGCGUGAUUAAAAUGUCACUAACAGUCGUUGUUAGUUUCUAAAUAGAUAAGCGCAUAAACAAUAGAUAAGCAGAAUACAGCGUACUUAAUCGUCAUUUUCGUAGUAUACACCGAUAUACGCACGACUACAUGCCUUUGGCUUCACGUAGCUGAUCAAGUUAUUUAUCGAUACUUCAUUUAGUCCACCUAGUACACCUAGAUAGAAACCUAGUCCCAUUCUACUUAACCAGAAACCUUACAUAACGAUACUUGUACGAAGAAAGCUAAAUUCACGAUUAUGUUCAGAAUCAACGAAAUCUCUAAUCGAAAUAAUUAUCAAAAUUAGAGAAGAUAAUUCCAUAGGUACUCCCACUUCAUCUCUCUUUUCCGACUUUCAUGCGAGUCUGACCAGCAUGUCAGUAUACUGUCAGUGUACGCAACCAACGUCAACGCAGAUUCGUUACGAAAUUUUGCAGUAAAUUUAUUGAGCCGACAUCAAAGAAAAAUAUGCUCGAACAGCAAAUUU